CCGAGCCGGAGCGCUAUCAAAAAUCUAAUCCCAAUUCCAACACACUAACCGCUCCGGGCCCGAGUGGGGAACGUUGCCUUUGUUUACAGCUUCUGCUCCAGAAUUUAGAACCUAUCCCACUCCCAGCACCAGCAACACGCAAUCGAGGAAGGAUACACCACGCGUGCCGGGAAGGAACUGAGCGCCAGAGAAAUCAGCGCCAAAGCCAGGUUUUUUUGUAGUGCCAAGCCACUUCUCGGCCGCCGUUGUGGGCUAUCAUCAGUUACAAAGCGUAGUCUAGUAGUCUCCCCACCUUCACAUGGUCCGCGUCUCCUCCACGGCAAUCCCGGCCAAUCUUGCCCACCAGAUCGCACUUCUUUAGCAGAUUUCGGGGCUCCCGCGGCAGUUCCUUCGGUUCGGUUACGCCUCGCUGACGCUCUCUGCUUCCCUCCCUUGGCGGCUUGGCCUCCCAUAACUCGCUGUUGCCGUUCUCUACCAGCCAUUAAUGGCGAGGGGGUGUUACGCCUCUCUCUGUCUGGUCCGGUAGGCGUUCCGGCCCUUUUCCUCGGCCGGUUGUUUCUUAGCUUGCAUGCGUAGGUGCAGGCAGCCGGGCAUGGAAGGAAACUGUAGCGACACGCGUUGCCGAGAGAGUCCCAACCCCGUCUCCAAAGCCAUACAUGCCGUCGUCAUCGUCGUGUUAAUGGAAAGAGACGAGUGUUGUGAGGAGUAAAGGCGGCAGCUUUUCCCUUGACGCCUCUCCCCUUAUUGCCUGCCCCUCUUCCGUUCUCGUAGAAGUCAAGCCGCCUCCUCUCUCGUCUCGUCUCCGUCCUCGUCUUCCCUGGCCGGCCAUCGAGCUUCUGGCGGGGUUUGGGUUGUGCUGUUAGCGCAGAAAAGCUGAGCGCUUUGUCUCUUCCUCUCUGUUCUAGUAAGUGGCCGGGCUUGUGCCUCGGCUUGAUGCUGCUGUAGGUAGUUUCCGUUGAGAGCGGCUUGGUUUAGGUCCUGGGUCCUCUUUCACCUAAUCUUGUUUCUAGUUUCGGUUGGUCAGUCAUCGGCUAGCUCUUGUUGGUUGGCCCAGUUCUUGGACUCAGUAUAUAAUCUCCCGGCCGUCUUCUUCUUCUGUUCUUGUGUGCUCUUCACAUUGGCCCGUCAGUCUUCCUGCUCCUUCCAAGACAAGCUCUGCUCGGAUCAAGAAGAGGAGAACUCAUCUGUGCUGGGAGGUUGGGAGGCAGUGGUUUGCUUCGGACGAGCCUUGGAAGCUCCCUGUCGAUCUCGGAGCCUAAGGUGACAAAGACUUGUUUGACUGCAUUUUCUCCAUAUCUUUAGUUCUUGAACAGAGAUGGAGCUCAUAUACAUGGAUAGGAGAAAUGGAUUACAUGAGGAUGCAAUUCCAGAGUUCAGUGGAAGGACAGAAGAAGAUCAAGACCCAACUGUUGCUGCAUCUGACGUUCAGUCUGAUUUGGGUCAGAUAAACAGCAAGAAACCAUUGCCGUCAGACGAGAAGAAAAGCAGGAGCUGCCAGUCAUGCCACAAAUCACCUUGUUCGUGCAGUGGUGACACAAAUCAUUCAGAUUUGUUCCCUGCACUUCCUGCCAAGAUGAUGAUCUUGGAGUUUCUCAUCAGAAGCCUGAGGCACCCAACAAGAACCCACAAUGUCACCGAUCUUGACGACUUGAUCACUGACAGGGUCAGCCAAGGGAGUGUAAAUCUCUGUCCUUCCGAAAAAAAGGUGCUGGACUCUCUGUAUGCUCUCAUAAGUGCAAAGACAGGACCGAAAAGCGCAUCACCUUUCCUGGCAGGAUCUAAGAUGAGAAAAACUCGGUCCAAAUCACACAUCAUUACACAGUCAGAAAUACUGAAGCUUAUAUCUCCUGAGACAUGGGAAACCUCUUCCCCUGGGACAUCUCCAAUGAAGAAAGGCCCAGCUGAGGUCCACAUCCAUGAGAAGGUGUCACCCUCAUGCUCGCAUAUGACAUCUAUGGGCUCGAAUCAGCCUGUCCUAUCACACUGCCCAUCAUCUCUUAAUGCAGGUCUUAUGCAAUGCAUAUGGAAGGAUGGGCUGCCUCAUUUUGAACUGUCACUUGACGAUCCUGUUGCAGUAUACACUGCAAACCCAAUCAAGGUGCAGGACAAUGAAAGGGCUCUCGACUACGUCUACAUGAUCCAUUCUGGAGAGCAAGGAAGAAAAGAUUGGAUGGGUCAUUCAAGCAAUGUGUCCAGACUUGUGGGCAAGAUGAAGGUGUCAAGUUCUUUAGCGCUAAACUCAGACAAGUCAAGUCUUUUGGAAACUGAGUUUGUGCUGUAUGGUCCUCCAGAUGAUUAUCUGAGGCAAAUGCAUAGUUUCUGUAGUGUUCCAAAAGGAAAGGGACUAGUCAAGAGAGUGACAGAAAUUAUGAGAACAGGAAAUGUUUCCUCUAGCCCUAAACAUCCCUGGAGGUUUGGCAAAUCCUGCUCUCAUCAGUUCGAUGACUUAACUGAAAUACUCGAAGGUGAAAUUAUCAGUGCUAGAGAAUUAGGCCUGACAAACCUCGAUGCUGAUGAUCUGCCAACCAACCAAGAGUUAGCAGCAAUUGUGGUGAGGGAACAACGGAAAAAACGCCAGAAAGAGCCUGUUGUGGGUGGCUGGGGCUUGAAGUUCCUUGAGAAAGCAGGAUUAAAUCAUUCAGAAGGCACUGAAGAUCCUGAUGUUCAGAACAGAAAAGGUGCUGCAAAAUGUAUAACCACAAUUGUUCCCAGAGGUUACCAUGGCGGCGCUGUUUUGAAAAGCAGCGGCCCGUCAGGUCUCAUCGAGAGAUGGAGAUCUAGAGGAUGCUGUGAUUGCGGUGGAUGGGAUCUUGGCUGCCCCAUAAGAGUUCUGAACAAUGAUGGAUGUGCCUCCUUGCCUGAAGAAGAGUCACAGGACCGCAGAUCAGUAGAGCUGUCACUCAAGGGUGCAAAGGAGACAAUGUUAAGGCUUGUCAACAUCACGGAGGACCUGUAUAUCCUCUAUUUCGAGUCGAGUUUGUCACCAUUGCAAUGCUUCUCAACAGGGAUAGCAAUUGUGCACAGCCAGGCACCACAACUUUGCCCAAAACUGUGAAUUGCAAAAGCUUGAUAUAGUGAUAUGUAGAUAGACAAGUAGAGAUAGCAAUAUAUAGAAGAGAUCUGUUGACUCAAUCCAUGCCAACAUUGGUGUGUAUUCCUAUUCCACAUAUUACUAUUAAAUCAAGGUGGAUUUGUGGCCAGGAGGUUUGUUAUUCUCCGAUUUUAAAAUUUCUUAGGUUUGUAUUAUCUGGUUAAGUUCAAAUAUGAAAAAUAUGUGAUAGAUUAGAGGGGUGUUGAUUUUUUU